AACUUGAAUGCAGCACCAUGUUAGCUUUGCAGCAGGGCAACACAGUUCAUUUCCCCCGGCAAAGGUUGGGAAACUGCCACGGUACUUUUUAAAGUACCAGAGCCGUUAAACUGGCGUGUUUAAAUGCCUUUAGCUGGGUGGAAACAGUGAAAACAAGAAGCUACUGAUUCGGCUGUUUGCUAAAGUUAGCUAGCAUACCGCUAAUGAGCAUGUCUUUCAUCACAACGGGGUCUAAACGGCAAACACGGUUAUAACCUUAAUGUCGAUGGUUAUAACGAGAAGAGAGCCUUCACCGUGACAGCCCUGGAUCCACGACCCUCGCGGCAGAGAUGAGGUGGGCGAGCUGCUCCCACUGACACGUUUAAGGAAAUCUCAUAAGUUGCUGGUGCUGUGUGGUGGAAGCAGACUCCUACACGGCCAGUGCGUGGCUCCAUCACACCCAGCUGACUGGCGCGUCUCAUGCAUGGCGCUUUGCUGAAAACAGACUGUAGGAUUCAGUUUCAGUUUCGUUACUUCUGAGCAGAAACGUAACAAGGAUCCAAAGGGAGGGUGGGACUUUAUAAGCUGAACACGGAAGGGAAUAGGUGGCAGGUUUAUGUGCGCGGAGGUUAUAGAGGCGAUCAGCACAUCGCAGGUUUGGACUAAAGCAUCACUAAAGAUGGAGGAGGUGUUGCAGAAUGUGGUGGCCCUGGUGAAGCAGCACCAAGAUGGGGUCCCUCUGGAUAAGCUCUCUGUCUGCUACAACCAGGCAUACCACCGUAACCUGAAUGUACGAGCGCUGGGCCUUAACUCCAUUGUCAGCCUGGUGUCCUCUCUCAAAGACCUGGUUGUGGAGGGGGAUGUGGUGCGUCACAAGGACCACUGUCAACAAAGUCAGGCCGUGGCUGGAGCUGAGUGUCACACAGCGGUUUCAGCUAAAGCACUCAAAGCCAGUAGAAGGUCAGCGAAAAGGCUGAAAAACCUUGUUGCCUUGAUGAAAGAGCAUCCAGAUGGAAUUCCCCUGGAGAAUGUGGCACACAUCUACAAACAAACAUACCACAAGAAAUUGUCUCCAGUCUCUUUAGGUUUCAAAACUAUGUCCUGCCUAGUGGAAUCGUUGAAAGAGGACCUGAUUGUGGAGGGGGAGACGGUGUUUCAUAAAACACACCUGCCUGGACACCAGCAUGAAGCGUGGACAUCAACAAAUAGAAAGGAAAACAGCAGGCCAUCAACCCCCCACACACCUGGAUCCCUCAGGGACAGCAGCCCCCUCCAGGGUCCUGCACCAACACAGGAUGCCACCUCUCACAGCGUGCCUCUCACUCAGGCACAACUGUCCCUUUUUGGACCGCCUCUGGUUGCUUCUGCCCCCCUAGUUUCAACCCAGCGUGUUCCACUUGUUGCAGCACCUGAGCCACCUCAGCAGCUGACCCAAGACCAGCUGUAUCAGAGGGUUUUACAGGUGUUAAAGGCCUGCCAGCCAGGCAAUCCCUCCAUCAGCGAGCUCCAGACUCAAUACACUCACGUUUUUGGUGAACCGUUUCCUUUGGAACAGUACAUUUCUCUGUAUGACAACUGGGAGGCCAAGAAGCUGCCUCAUCAACCUGAACCAAAUCCAAAUCCCAAGACUAAUGCAUGGCAGACGGCUGAAGCAACGGAAAAUCUCACCAGAGGGCCUACAGAAGCGGUAAGCGGACCAAACCUGCUUGCUGAAAAUGAGUUCCCGGUGCUGGGAGCUGCUGCAAACCCGACCCACGAGAAGAAGACAGUGAAACGAGCAACCCAGAGAGAAGGUGGUGCCCUCGUCUUUAGAGAAGCGUACAAUGCCCAGCUGAGAGAGGUCCAUGGAGGAAACAUGCGGGCGCUGGAGGCCCUGGAGGACGAAGAUGACCAGGAAUUGAGGAGGAGGAGCCAUUGUGUCGAUCCAGACUGGAUCAACACAAUGGCUCUGAACGCCAUACGAGACAUUGCUGCUGAUGGAGAGCUGGUCACUAAAGAAAAGGUGAUAUCCUGGGUGUGCUCCAAGAUUCCCAAUCUGCACCCGAGAGUCCUGAAGCCCAGGAAUGUUCCAGCACUAAAGGACCUUGAAUAUCUGAUGAGAGAAGUCAACAUGUUCAUAGAGGCUACCGAAGCCCUCUCGUCCAUCUGUACCCUGUACGAGCUGGGCCAGGCGCUGGCCGGCCUCAAGGACAAGAAGCACUACGAGGAGCUGAACCUCGGGCCCCUUUGCAAACUCCCCCUCGUAAACCGCAUGUUCAAGAUCGACAGUAACACAAAGGAUGAUGAGAUCCAUGAGAUCCAGACUGUAGACAUCAUAAAGCAAAUUCGCAUUUUUCGGAGGAAGACAACAACGCAAAAACUGGACCUGGCAGAGUUUCUGAAGUUUCUGUCCGAUCAUUACCACUGUGACUCUCCCUACGAGCUGGGCAUCAGAAUCCUCAGCUUUGGCCUGGCCAUAUCGUGCAUGAAUAAGGUGACCCGUAAUGAGAACACGAUCAUGGAGCGAGCCAGAGAGGUCAUCCAGAAAGAGCUGGAGGACGAGACCUAUGAGCGGUUGAGGAAAAUCAAGAGCAGUGUUCUAGACCCAGUCCAAGGUGCGGGCUUGUCCUCCUCCUCAGGAAGCUCGGAUCUCAGGAAAAAGUAUGUCUCGAUGCCAGCGGGCGAUGUGGUCCUGGAGGUUCUGUCCAACGCCAUGGGAGUCUUCAACCUCAAGAUGGCUAAGCACGUCGAGAUGUUCUUGAAUCUGGUGUUGAAAGACCGUUUGGCCCGAGCUCUGUUCCAGCUGGCUGUCUGUGGAGGCUCCUUAGCUGUUCCUCAGGACGUGGUGCUGAAGGAACAAAAACCCAAAACCACACAGCAGACCAACAUGGUGGACAGAGCUGCAGCGCCUCUCCCCAGUGAAGCCAAAGUGAAGCAGUACCUGAAAGAGAACCUGGCUGCUCAGAGCUCUGCCACCACUCUGGCCCAUGUUGCUGCUCUAGAGAAGAAGCUAGCCAAACACUUCAACGUCAAAGAUUUCCCCUCCUUAGAGCACGGCACCUUUCUGGAAUUCCUGGUGAAACACAUUCAGCUGCUGAAGGACACUCUGGGGUCGGCUUUGUUCUUGGGAAACAACACGGAACUGACCGGCAGCGGUUUCAGACCCACCAGACAAGAUGUGUUUGAGUUCAUCAAGCAGUGCGGUAACAUAACCUCCACCGACUCAGAUGAACUGUCUCACAUCGAAUCAGCACUGAGGUCCCACUACAGGGUCCGGGACAGCCGGGACCUGGGUUAUGGCAGCCUGCACACGCUGGCCGGCCUGCUCCAGAGGCAACAGAAGCUGCCUGGAGGAGGGCUGAGCCCGGUCUACUACGAGUCAGCUCUGUUGGCCAAGAACAGCAAGUCAAGCUCUGAGAGUGGAUCGGUGGGACGCCUGGGUGAGAUGCCCAGGGACCAGGCCCUGGCCAGCCUGCUCUCCUGCCCCCUGCUGGAAGAUCUAAACCAGUGGAGCCAAUGGGAGCUGAUCUUCAAACCCCUUCACGGCUCUCUCAAAGAUUUUAUAGAAAGACAUGCAGCUAACACAGGCCUGGCAGCAUUAGAGGUGACACCAGGUUUGCUGCUGAAGAUCACCACUGACACGGGAGACAAGCACUUCUCCAGUGCUGCUGCAGCCCUGGACCCUGUUGGGACAGCUGGCCACCUGGUGUCCAUGGUGGCAGCAGAUGGGAUCGACAACGCUCCCACUGCCCUGCUGGCCAACCACAUGGAGAACGCUCUGGCAACAGCUGUCGCUAAAGAAGAUGUGUCCAGUGCUGAAGAGGACGUGACCUGUUACAGCCGAGUGGCCACGUUCCUGCUGACGAGUUUAACACGAAUCCCCACCAGAACCUGCCAGGCUCUUUUACAGCAGGUAUUCCUGGAACCUCUCUCCCGGGUCCUGGGCCAAGCCAAGUCUAAAGAGGUUCUGAUCACUGUGGCUCAGUCUGAUCCAAAGCACCUGAACUGUUUGCACCGGCUGGGCGUCCUGCUGGGCAUCACAGACUGGCUCAAAGACUACCAGAAGAAGCUGAACCCUCCCCUAAACCAAAGCUGUAAUGUUUCCAGCGGGCCUGUCGAUCGGGCGAAGCCUAGCCUUGACUCGGAGAGCAGCAGCUUUUCUGCUGUAACUCUGAGCGAAGAGGAGGACCUGGAGGAUGACUUCAGCUCUGUGUCCUCUCACUUGGACCUGUGCCAACAGCCAGGGCUAGAUAAGGAGGAGGAGGAGGAUCUGUACGAGCUGAUCUCCGCCCCUAAUGGAACGACCUCUGACCUCAGCAGUGAAGCUGAUGGAGGCCAGGCUGAGGAACUGCCAGAGAGCUCUGAAUCAGAAGAAAGCAGCCAGACAGAGAACACAUUCCAUCAUCAGAGAGCUAUAAUUGAAGACAUCAGAAAAAGCGAGUUUGGCAUCGGAGUGAUGCUGAACGCUGAGGGUCAGAGGCUGAUGCAGGUCCAUCAGGAGCGCCUGGGCCGCAGCUUGGACCGCCUGUCCACAGAACUCUACAGUAAAGACACACACUUUGUCCUGGAGCUCAUUCAGAACGCCGAUGACAACAGUUACCCGUCGGAUGCAGGUGAGGUUCCGGCGCUGGCGUUUGUAGUGGAGAAGGACUGCAUCACGGUCCUCAACAACGAGGCUGGCUUCCAGAAGAACAACAUCAGGGCCAUCUGUGAUGUGGGUCGCAGCACAAAGGGCAAACACAAAUCUGGAUACAUCG